CCGACUAUAGGUGUCAAUAUUUGCAUUUGAUAAUUCGAUUUGAAAUUUCAAUUUAAAAACUUUAUUGAUAUUGGUAGUCUAAUAAGUUAAUUAGAGUGUACACUUUAAAUUAAAUAGUGAAUAAAUUUGAAUUACACACCAGAAAAUGGAUGAAAUGGAAAUUGAUGACCUGAGAAAUAGUAAGAGCUCAACAGAGAUAACGAAUAUUUUACGGAAAUUUGUUAAAGACAACGAAAAAACUUUUAAAUUUCCUGAACUUACGAAGAGAUUUAACAGAGUUUUACUGUGGACAACACUUUUUCAACACCUGCAAAAUGAUGCUUUGGUUUCAACACAUGCACUAUGUUUAAAAGCUUUAAGGAUUCUUAGCCGUGACCAAGAUGACAUUGAAAAUGUUCUAUGUGAACGUUGGGUCAUAACAUUAAUCGACAAAUCAGGCUUGUUAGAGCCUAUGGAGUCUGCUGAAAAGGACCCAACUCUAUUAGUCGUGCCCUGUAAAGAAGUAGCGAUUGAAGCUAUGAAGUGUUUGUGUAAUAUUACAUUCAAUAGUGAACUGGCUCGUAAUGUUUGUGUAAACACAAGAAUAGCACAUGGGCUUAUCACACGAAUGAAAAUAUGCAAACAUAUUCCUUACAAAAAAGAGUUAAUGCAGUAUGAUAUGAAAUUGAUCUUCAUACUGACAGCAUUAAUAGAAAACAUAAGAUUAAAAUUUAGGCACGAGGAUGGUGCAAUGCAUAUGAUUAAUUAUCUCACUGAAAUAUAUUCUGAAAGUUUACAAUCUAGUUCUGAUGAGGCGAGUGUUAGUGCCAAUUCAGAAGAUGCUCCAAAACAUUACUUGACUGAUGAAGAUCGAGUAAUUGUGUGUGAGUUAUCGAAGGCUUUAUUUAACCUCAUAAUAUUGCCUAAUGAAGAUGCUCCCACUACAGAGAAAGAGAAACAACAAUUUACAAAAUUGGUAUCUGUGCUUGGGAAGAUACUGACUGUACAAACCUCCUCCAAAUCAAAUGAUUUAGAUUUAAUGAAUAAUAUUGUUAAUCUACUAACAAGCAUCCACACACUGUUUUAUAUGUCCCUGACAGAAGAAAUUGGAGACAAACAAAAGCCUGACCAUAUUUAUGAAGGUAGAGAUAUGACUUCACUGGUCAUACUACUUCAAUUUUUGAAACAUCAGCUAACUGUUAGCGAUGAGCGACAGAAUCUGUACGAAAAACUAUCUCCGAUAUUGACGGUCCUCAAUAAAUGUGCCCGUGUACGCGUCCAACGUAAGUUCUUACGUAAAGCCGUGCUGCCGCAUCUCCGCGACGUGUCGAAGCCCCCCGAGCAGGGCGACGAGCUGCGGAACCACCUGUGCCGGCUGCUGACGACGCCCGUCACCAGCGUCAGGGACUUGGUAGCGGAGUUCUUGUUCGUACUCUGCAAGGAAAAAGUGAGCCGCAUGGUGAAGUACACUGGGUUCGGUAACGCGGCCGGGCACCUGGCGAGCCGCGGGCUGCUGGCGGGCGGGCGCGGCGCGUUGUACUCGUCCAGCUCCGACUCGGAAACGGAGGAGUACCGCCGGCACGCGCACGCGCUGGACCCCGUGGUGGGCUGCACGCGCCCACCGCCCGCCGACCCCUUCCGCGGCAUGACGGACGAACAGAAAGAGUACGAGGCUAUGAAGCUUGUCAACUUGUUCGAUAAGAUGGUAACCGCCGGCGUGGUGAAGCCGGCGCGAGUCGGUGAAGACGGCCAACUACAGGCAGUCGAGCACGUGCUCCAGCUCAGAGAGGAUCUACCGAAAAGGACAAUGUCUUAAAUCAAAUAAAUCCACUUUUUUACUGGUGGUAGGACCUCUUGUGAGUCCGCACGGGUAGGUGCC